CAGCGAAAGCGAAUGUAUACAAUGGAAAUAAAAAAAACAAUUAAGUUAUGAAAAACAAUAUUAAUUGCCUUUGUCGCCGCUGCAGAUAAAGAAAUGGCGGAUAUAUAGACACGAACCACUGGAGAAGCGGUUUCAUGGAUAAAAACAGAAUGAGCUGAUAGUUCCAGUGGUCUUUCAGAAGAGGUGGCAGAAGAGAGAGGUUGACCGGAAGAUGCCAAGAAGAAAACAACAGAAUCCUCAACCUGUCAAGUUGGAUUCUGAAGAUGGUGUAGUGACCAUUGGCGCUCCAGGAAGCCUGACCUUGAAGGCAGAUUUCCUUCUGGGACACGACCUUGAGUUUGGUGACCCCGGCCAUGACAAGAUCCUAGGCUUGGACGACAAGUACUCAGACUCUGUAGCGGCUGAGAUCGGCUUCUCUGUGUAUCCUCUGGGGGAUGAGGAAGAGAGUUGUGCCUUCAGCCGUCUCAGUAUGGAGAGUGACGCAGACGAGCCCCACACCGCCACCGAGAGCUGCAGGGACCAGGAGGACGGUCCAACCUCCCAGCCCGACCUCGAGCCCCCCUUCCCCCCCUACCUGUCCUGCCGGGGCUGUGGUCUGGAUCUGGUGGGACCCUACUGCCACCGCUGCUGCAAGGGAGGAGGAGGAGGGGGAUUCAGCGGCGCGUUCGGUGGCUUUCGCUCCGGUUCGCGGUCACAAGCGGACGAUAGCGAGGAAGGAGGGGACGUAACGGACGACAACUCCAUAAUGGGUGACGACGGUCCCAACUCCAAGCUCCACUCCUGCCAGUUGUGUGGGUUCUCCUCACGCUAUGCCAAUCACGUCAAGAGGCACAUGAAGACUCACAACGGGGAGAAGCCGUACCACUGUCCCCUGUGUACCUACGCCUCGGCCCAGCUGGUCAACCUGCAGAGACACCUGAGGAUUCACACUGGGGAGAAACCAUACAGGUGUGACUGCUGCUCCUUCGCCUGCAGUUCCCUAGGCAACCUGAAGAGGCAUCAGAGGAUGCAUGUGGCUGGACAGCCGGGACAGGGGGCGGGACAGGAAGCAGUGAGACCUGCCUGCGCAUCUCCUAUUGAUCCCUCUACUAUUGGUCCUCCUGCUAAUGGCCCUCCUGCUGUUGGUCCUCCUGCUAAUGGCCCUCCUGCUAGUGGGCAUGGUCUUAAGAGGAAGGAGGAGCCCAGUGCUUCAGCUGAAGAAGUGGUGAGGUCUGAUCUAAACCUCCACAACAGAGACUACCUGCCACGCUACAGCAGACUAAGGUUACAACCACCACUGGAGCAACAGCCCCCAAGACUUCUUGAGGGGCCUGGACUUGGGGCUAGGGUCGGAGCUGGGACUUUAGGAAGGUGUUUGACUGGGUCUGGAGUCAGACCUGUGGUGGGAGUGAAGUCAGAGGAGACACACAGAGACUCUCUCCUUCCUCUGCUCUUCCCCUUUACCUGCCGUCUCUGUGGUACCCCCCUGGAGGACGAGGACGGUUCCACUGCACAGAUCUGUGCCAAAUGCACCCUGGACAUGCUGACCAAGGAGUCAUCUGGCCCCAACAGCCCCGGAGAGCGUGGGGACAAGGUCUACACCUGCAGUGCCUGUCCCUUCCUCACCCACUACCCCAACCACCUGGCGCGACACAUGAAGACGCACAGCGGAGAGAAGCCGUACAAGUGCCCUCAGUGCGACUACGCCUCCGCCCACUUCGACAACCUGAAACGCCAUCACCGCGUGCACACGGGCGAGAAGCCGUACAAGUGCCACCUGUGUGACUACGCCUGUGGGAACCUGGCUAACUUAAAACGUCACCAACGAGUCCACUCGGGCGCCAAGCCGUUCCAGUGCGCAGUGUGUAGCUACAGCUGUAACCAGAGUAUGAAUCUGAAGAGACACAUGCUGAGACACACGGGAGAGAAGCCUUAUAAGUGCCAGCAGUGUGGCUACACCACGGGACACUGGGACAACUACAAACGACACCAGAAGAAACAUGGCCUCGCCACCGACGGAUGGGUCAAAGUUCAGAUGUCCGGCGGGGGUCAGGAUGAGGGGGGUGAGGAAGAGGACGAGGAAGAAAGGGUGGCGGGACAGCCGCAGAGGAAAGAGGAAGAGGCGGUGAUGCAGUAUAUGUCCAGAUAGGAACAGAGCUGCACCACAGAACAGGGGAACAUGGGAAAUGACAGCUUAAACUACCAGCAAAAUCCUAGAUUUUUUGUUGUUGUCGUUUUUGUCAAUGAUUUCUCUGCAGCUGCUAUGUAGAAUCAUGCACAAUUCUAGAUGGUGAUUAUUAGUGGAAAUGUUUGAUGCCUUUUGGACAGAAAGUAAAGGAGAGAAGGAAGGCUGCUGCUGUGUUGACAGAUGAAUGGACUGGGAUGAGGGUUCUACUUUAACGUCCGCAACUAAAUACUGCCUGCAUUGUCCACCAUAUGCUGUUCUCCCCCCCAACACAUACCAACAGUGCCGUAUAUAUCCGAACUUCAUUGACAUUAUGCCUUACAACCCACAUUUCAGUUGCCCUAUUGACUAGGUAUGCAUCUCCUCUAACCAGUCUGCUAUUCCAUCUCCUCUAACCAGUCUGCUAUUCCAUCUCCUCUAACCAGUCUGCUAUUCCAUCUCCUCUAACCAGUCUGCUAUUCCAUCUCCUCUAACCAGUCUGCUAUUCCAUCUCCUCUAACCAGUCUGCUAUUCCAUCUCCUCUAUAGUCUCCACUUACCAGUCUGCUAUUCCAUCUCCUCUAACCAGUCUGCCAUUCCAUCUCCUCUAACCAGUCUGCUAUUCCAUCUCCUCUAUAGUCUCCACUUCAUCCUCCAUAGCUUCUAUCUUCCUCAA